UUCUUAGCAUAGCCUUCCGCUGGACGACAUAGUGCUCGCAGUGCCCCUGCAUUUUGAGGAUUAAAAACGCAUUUCACCACACAGUACUUCAUGAAUAGGCGUUUCUGUUAUUUUAGACACCGGAAGACGUCAAGGCUGUAUUUUUUUCUCCGUAGAAAUACCCAGUCUCUCAAAGGCGUUUGAAAUCGGACACCGCUGGCAUUGAGGCCCUCACUUUUGUGCGGAGGGAUACGGUGUUGCGUCUGACAAUGUGGACGGAGGUGGUGAAGAUGUCUACGAGAAGAAUGAAAUCAUCUCAGUUGUAACAACAAAAAAGGAAGACGCGAGAUUAGUUACUAUAAUAGAUUUGUUUGCACACAGACUUGUUACAUUGAAGCAAACACGUGGGCGCUGCGUGAAAAACAGGCUUACCGGGACAAAAGGAAGACAUCUGCGGUGCUCCAAUGCGUUUCGUGCACUGAGGUCGAAAUUCUCUUGAAGUUUUAUGUUUUUCCCCUUGCGAGUCUCCGCUUUUCUUUUUACUGUUGGAUAUCAGACACUUGGCCAGGAGAGGGUUUAUUAGAGACUGAAGGGUAUGAGCGAACAGCAGCAAAGAAUGGCUGCAGUGGGAACUGACAAGGAACUCAGCGACCUCCUGGAUUUCAGCGCGAUGUUCGCGCCUCCAGUUGCCAAUGGGAAGAACAGGACAAUGACACUUGCCAGCAGCCAGUUUGGUGGAUCAGCAAUAGACGAGCGCAGUGGCUCAGGGUCUUGGGGCUCGGCUGAACAGAACAGCCCCUCUUUCAGCCAAGGACGGCAGGGCUAUCCAGAGGGAUCUCACUUCAGUGAGCAUGAAGGCUUGUCCUCUCCAUUCAUCAGUUCGGGGAUCCCAGGUAAAACUGAGAGGUCUCCAUACCAGCCCUUUGGAAGCCAGCCUGGUUUUCUUCCUUCGGACAUAGCGAUGCCCAGCCCUGAUGCCAUGUCCCCCUCUGGCCUGAAAUCUGGCUCCCAGUUUUACCCAUCAUACCCCAACAACCCAAGGAGAAGGCCACCUGAAGGAAGUAUAGAAACCCAGCCAAAGAAGAUUCGGAAACCCCCUGGCCUGCCAUCCUCGGUGUAUGCCUCCACAUCUGGUGACGAGUAUUCCAGAGACAAUGGAGGGUAUUCUGGUGCGAAGCCUGGAGCGGUCUACCCCGGCUCCUUCUAUAUGCAAGAAGACCCCUGGUCAUCUUCUGGCUACUCCGCCAUGCUUGGUAACUCUCCUCACAUCGGACAGCCAGGCUCCUUCUCUGCAAUCAACCCACAAGAGAGGAUGAACUAUCCUCUUCAUGGCAGCGAAGUCAACGGCUUCCACUCAGCCCCCACCACCUACAACCACACAUCAACCAUCAACGGAGAAGGCAUCAUGGCCAACCGCAGCACCACAGCUGGCAGUUCAGGGGAUGAAAUUGGGAAGGCUCUUGCUUCAAUUUACCCAUCAGACCACAACAGUAAUAACUUCUCCUCAGCUCCAUCUACUCCUGGAUCUCCUCAGGCCAUCGCAGGAGCUCAGUCUCAGUGGCAGAGACCCACAACACCCAACUAUGAAGGGCAACCACACGCACUGCAAAGUAAAAUGGAGGACCGCUUGGAGGAGGCCAUCCAUGUACUGCGUAGCCAUGCUGUGGGCCAGGGUCCGGGCUUAGAGGGCGCCCACUCCGACAUGCACAGCCUGCUGUCCUCAGUACACAACGGGGGCCUCGGGGGCCUCUCUCCAGCUUUCCCCAAUGCCAGCCUCGCCCUCAGCAACAGACAUCCUGCUAUGCAGGGAGGGAAACACGAGGAGCCCACAGGUCUUCCUCCCAGCAGCACUUUGCUGCACGGUCAUCACGCAUCCGGACCAACGCCGUCAGUUGGCCAACCAGAAGGUUUCACCAGUCUCCCUGGUGGUAUGGCUCGCUCCACACACUCCUCCAGCAGCUCAGACAUCAAAAGAGAAAGCAAAGAGGAUGAUGAGAAUUCAUCUGUCGCAGACAAAUCAGACGAUGAAAAGAAGGAUUCCAAAGCACGUAGUCGAACAAGAAAGGAGGCGUUGACCCUCCAGAUGCUCUCUGGCCUUUCAGACCAGAAAGAUGAUCCAGAGGAGGAUGAUGAGGAUGUCCCCCCUGAGGUGAAGCUUGAGCGUGAGAGAGAACGGCGAGUGGCUAACAAUGCCCGGGAGCGUCUCAGAGUACGGGACAUCAACGAGGCGUUCAAGGAGCUCGGAAGGAUGUGCCAGCUGCACCUCAGCCACGACAAACCUCAGACCAAACUUCUUAUCCUGCACCAAGCCGUCAAUGUCAUCCUCAAUUUAGAACAACAAGUCAGAGAGCGUAACCUUAACCCCAAGGCAGCGUGUUUAAAACGCCGUGAAGAGGAGAAGGUGUCUGGGGUGGUAGGUGAAGCACCCAUGCAGCUCUCAGGGGGCCAUCCGAGUAUGGGAGGAGAUGGCCACAACCCAGUUGGUCACAUGUAACACCAGAUCUGAUGGUGUUUCCUUGGCUGUCAGAGGAUGUGGCCUUAACAGAUUUCUUCCACCCAUUAUUCUCAGUGUGUGUGUGUAUAUGUGGACAUGUCUGUGUAUUGUCCGUUCAAGUUUCAAGAUGCACAUUCACACACUCGUACACACAUGCAUACUGCCAAAACUGACACAGCCUGUUUGUCGCACUCCCAACCAUGACUACAAGCUCAAAUGUGAAGAACUUUUUUGUUUUGAUUUGUUUUAUACAUGUAAGAUUUUUUUUCUUCUUCUUGGUUUCCACGAGACGUUGGAACACCGGAGUACUUUUUUGUCCUGCCACAAAUUGGGACUUCACACUGCCGAGAGGUGCUCUUGUGAAAGAAAGGAGACCUAAACAAACACAAAUUGAAUCAAGGAUUUGUGCCUAAUUGUUACAUGUUUUCUAUUUGACAUUUAAGCAAAUUGCUUUACAUGCGAGGAACAUUUAUUGUGAGGGAUUGCUUAUGUGUAUGAGCAAUUAUUUUUAAUGUAUGUCAUUCCCAGCGUGAUGGUACAGUCUUACAUAUGUUAUGUAACCAAGCCCAUAGUUGAGGUUGAAUUGUCCAAAUUCAGUGACCUUGCCUUGAUCUUAUCAGCAGAUGUUUGGGGAAGGUGAUGGAAAGGUUUUAAGUUGUGACAGUUUAAAAAUGGCUUAAGAGAGGAGGGGACUCUGACUGAACCCUGGUCUCUUCCCAAAACGCAUUGGGAGACUUGGGGAGAAUAAGAUCCCAUCCUUAAAGCUUAUAAAUCAUCCAUGUGGAGUCUGUCGCCAACAAAACUGUUCUUCCAAUUUGUUGACCACCAAUUUAAGACUUACUCCAGUCAGCCCCUUUGAUAGGUUCAGGUUUUUGUACUGCUUUAUAAACUAAGGCAUACACGGACAAGACAAAAGCACAGUUGUAUAGGUUUAAGCUGGAAGUAAGUGUCGAUCUGUUGUGCAUUUAAGUCCCUGAGAGUUGUGUUUAAAAGCCAUUUGAGACACUUGCUAAGUGAUCAGCACCACUUAGUGCUCUUACUUGAAAUGGUAAACUGACAAUGCCAGCAGACUUUACAGCUCAAGUUUUCCCCCUUUAUUGAUUUUCUGUAAAAGAAAAAACCUCUGAUUCCUUUUGAUGAAGGAAUCUCAUCAGUUGUUUGACGCAGACGAGCCUUUGUGUAACAGAGGCUUUUCCUAAACGAGCAUUCCCACUGAAUUACAGCCCCUCACCUUCCUCCUGAGUAAGUCUGUUCUCAUGUUUCUUACCAAGAGAAGUGUGACGUGUAAAUUCACUUCAUACAUUACUCUAUGUUGCAUUUUUCAAAAUUAAAUAUAUAUAUAAAUAUAUAUUUUUUGUUAGUCUAUACAUUGUAGAUUUUUUACAUAAAUGGCAAUAUUAGUUUGAAGUUUAGAGUGUAUUGUAGAUGAGCUGAAUAUGGGGAUAUUUGACAUUUAAAUGAAAUUGUUCAAAAUUAAUUCAAAACUGAAGCAGAAUUGCAGAGGACUUGCAUCAUCAGAUGAAAAAAUGUUCAAAGUGUUUGGUGUAUCCUUAAUUCCAAUUUAAGUUGUAAUGCUCAUCAGCUACCCAGAUGAACUUUUUCUUUCCAUUUGGGGGUUUAUGGAGGGCGUCUGUUGAAAUGUUCUUACUUUAGCAGCGAGGCACCGAGGAAAAAUGUGGGAAGGGAUUUUUGUCUCGAACAGUAAUUAUGCAACUGGUUUUUGAAUGUAGCUACCAUACAAAUGUGGAUCAUGUUCAUUUUCAAAGUUGUGUUUCUGUUUUAUUUUUUUCAGUACAACAUAAUAGUUUUCAUUUCACCUUUUCUAAUGUCUGCCUGCAACCAAGUGGCUCUCAGUGUGCAGCUCACUUUGUAGUCGCCUGCACACUUAUUUCAGAGGCAGACACCAAUAUUGGGGUGUAAGGUAAGGGAUAAUAUGGAGAACAAAAACAGUGUUAUUGUGAUGUUAUUCCCAUGUCAUGUCAUGUUGUUGAUGGUUUUUACCAACAUGUAAUCACAAAUGGGAGGUAGGGGCAUUUUGUGUUUAAUUUCUACAAAAAAAAAAGAGAUGAAGAAGAAGACCUAUACAAAUCAAUAGUGUGGCCUUUUCAUUCUCAAGACUUAACAUGAUGGGAGAGUGAUACCUUAUCAGUGCCUGAACUUGUAUUUUUCAUUUUUAUUUUGUGAACCGUAUCAUUUCAUUUAUCAUGGAGAUUAAAGAGGUACUUGUUCAUUCCCCCACCCUCCCUUCUCCUAAUGCUUUUUUCAAUUUUCAGGAAGAAGUUAAAAUGGUAUAAAGAGAUUUUCUUUCAGUGUAUCUAGUUAAAUAAAUAAAUGUUAUGUAGAUCUUGUUUAGUUUUUAUUCUUUUUUUUCCUAAUUAUUCAACUGGAUUUUACUGUCCAAACUGCUGUUUUAGUUAAGGUCAAGGGUCCAGGUCCUGAGUUUUCUUUACAUCUGCCCUAUAUUUCUAAAUCAUUGAACAACAAGGGGUUCAGGAGAUGCUGCUUUUGGCUCAGACUGUCUGCUUUUGAUGCACAUUAACAGUGUAUGUUGUUUCAGUUUCAUUUGUAGGGCGCGAGUUUUAUUUGAUGCCAUAGCUGGCAUCUCUAAUGACAUGGAGCAUUUUCCAUUUCUGUAUAUCAGUGCAAGCCCUUUGCUGCAGCAACUUUCAGUAUAUCAGUCAUCAUUGACAAUUUGCGCCUAUUUUCUUGUCUCUCCAUGUCUUUGAUGGCAUCGACAGUGACUUUUUGUAAGAGGUUUUUAUCACUCUUUUCAAAGAGUUGCAUUUGAAGUUUUAUUCUUUAUUAUAAUAAAACCAUUUAGUGUACUGAAUAUAACAGAUUUGUUCCAGGGAAAAGACUCAUUUGAUAUCGUUUACUAUUAUAUGAACAUCCCAUUUGCUCACAAGCAACAUCCUCCACUGAUUUGUUUUGGGGAAAAUUAUCUCUUAAUAGUUCUGACAGGUUAAACUUUGCAGAUGCCAAACCUCUUCAAGAGCAGAUAAUGGAAUCAGAAAAUUACUCCAUUUUGAUGGUAAUGUUAAGUCAAUUGGUUUGAACUUGUCUAGGUAAAAGAAAGCAGUGAACAUGCUUUCAAACAUUUGGUCAUAUCUUUGUUUAAUUUAAAGGGGGAGGCUUGUUGAGUGUAUUAAUACAUUCACAGGUAGAGUUUGACAUCUUGGUGUGAGGAAGCUGUUGACCCCCUGCAGGCCUCACUCAUUCUCUGUUUUCUUUUAUAAAUAUAUAUAUAUAUAAAUAUAAAUAUAUUUAGUUGAGAACUGUCCUGUAUAUAACAGUAAUGUAGCAAUAAAUGUGCCAUUUUUAAUAACAGAUUAUACCUUUUCCAAUGUCUGGCUUUUGAAAUUGUAUACAUAAAAGGAAAAAAAUAAAGGAAAACAUUGUAAU